AUGAGCAGCCUCGAAUCGGUAGGGUCAUUGCUUGCGGCCAUUGCAACUCUCAUCGCCCAAGGAUUGCGCAUACUCAGUUUGGCCGACAAGAACCAUUGGGGCCCUGACGAGCACGAGCAGGUCCAUGCCCUUGCUGCUGCGCUUGAUGAAGCAAAGAAGGACUUUCAAGAGCUGGCGCCUUUGGUCAAUGGCCAGAUAUACUACGAGACCGACCGGAAAUUUGAAUCCAUCGAGGAGUUGAAAGCUCUCAAGGCCCAAUUUACAUCACACGUCGAACAAAUAAAAGACUGGAGUCGCUCAGGCGGUCCGAUUAACCCCAUUUGGGUGCGCGAAACACAUUCUCUCCAACGGAAACUACACCGAGCACAAUGUCGAGCAGCACGACGAAUAUACAACUCAGAAAAGGAAUCAUCCUCGAGGUGUCUUGGAGCAUUCCUCGUCUACCGGCAACAACGUCAGUGGACACUUAACAAAACAGUACCAGACGAAGCAGAGUAUUCGCGGAGAUACCGAGAGGAGUUGCGACUCUGCAAUGCGAUUGGAUCGUUCAAGCGUUUCGGUGAUCGAGACAUUGCUUUUGUGUGCGACUACUGCGACGGCCAUAUAGUAUGGGAGGACAUCGAGAACAUGCCUUCAAUACGAACGUUUCAAGAGGAUGCUGCGUCUCCGAUUUUGACAAUAUCACCAACCACCGAUAAUCCCCACUGGCAAGCGACUGGCUUUACUCUAUCUGGACACCAGGAGAAGCAGGUUGUCUUUGCGCCAGUAGCUAUCGCCAAUCAUGUGGCACCACAGCAUCGUGACUGGCUAGCUGGUCUACUAUGUCCAUAUUGUGAAGCGGAUUCAACAGAGCCUCAAGAGCAAUACGAUGACGAAGAUGCAUAUCGGCCGGAUCUGGGCUACGAAGACAUGGAGGCCUUUCGGGAACACCUCGAAUGGCAACAUACGGUGACUGCGCCAACCUCACAAGCACAGGCGGGUUCAGAUAACUGCAUAGUAAUGUAG